UCAAGUGGGACCCAAGUUUGGGCGGACUACGGAGUAGUAGGGGGCGUGUUACAAAGCUACCCGGGAAACAGGUAUCGGUCUGCUCUGUCUGCUAAGCUCAAGGCUCAAUACCCAUAACGAUGGAGUUUCGCAUACUCCAAGGUGCAGCUAAAUCGCAACGGGUCACCCAGUUGGUGGACCUACUCAAACAAGACCAGAGUGAGAAAUCGCUCACAUCAAAGCAACGCGUACAGACCCUGCUUGAACUGAGGCAGCAUGGCACCAACCCGGACAACGCAGGCCCGAUCUACUCCAAAGAGGUCCCAGAAACCCAGAACCUGCUGUCUGUGCUUCAAACGCUGACUUUCUUACAGGGAAUCCAGCUACUAACCAAGUACGGUGUUACUGGUGAGACGACCGAUGUGCGCCGAGCUGCUUUACGAUGUGUUGCCAAUGCUCUUCUCUUGGAUUCUUCCAUGCGCCAGUUGUUCGUCGAUACAGGCUAUGGGGGUAAAUUGGCGGAAAUGCUCAAGUGCGAUUCUUCGGAUGAUGAAAUGGUCAUCAGUCGCAUAUUGUUUCUUUCAACCUAUGACACAACCAUGGACUUUCAGGUACUCAUUAAGAAUCAUCUCCUGGCCGAACAUGUCAAUUAUCAAAUCAUGCGACAUGCCAAGCAAUUCCCAAAAUCAGGGAAGAAGUCUUUGUCACAGAUGGACGAGCUUGCGCUCAUCGAUACACUUAAAUUGAUAUUCAAUGUCUGCAAGAUCUACUCCGAUCUGGCGGGUAGCUUUUCGCUCUCAAUCCCGCACAUAUUCAAGAUCAUUAGCCGGAUGGAUAUACCCGAAAAGCCUUUUGAUGGUCUGCUAGGCUAUCUCCUGAAUUGCUUGUCAACUCUUGAUCUCGAGAACAAGAAGGGCAAAGCUUGGGAGAACAAUCCACUCUUUCCCACGUUCAACCAGAACUGCAAUGUUGACAAGUUGAUCAAUAUCCUGGACCAGGCUGUGUCUGCAUACAAGGCAGAUGAGUUGGAAACCAAGGCAAUUCCACUCUUCCAUACUCUCGUGACUAUUCAUGAGCUGGCGCCUGACGGCCCUCGCAAGUACAUGCAAUGGCUCUUGUUACCAGAUGACAGUGAUAGGAGCCGUCCUAUCGGACAGUCAGACACGCUUUCGUCCAAGCUUCUGAAUCUCUCAACAACUCCUUAUCCCAACUUGAAGACUGCGAUCUCCGAGCUCAUGUUUGUUCUCUCCGGUAAGGACGCGGAGAACCUGACUAGAAACAUUGGCUAUGGGUUUGCAGCAGGAUUGUUGGCGUCUCGCGGGAUGGAGAUACCGCAGACCGCGGGCGAAGCGUUUGCGACCAAUCCGCAGGGAUUCAAUUCGGAAGUUAACCCUAUCACCGGACAGAGAUGGGCUGCCGAGAAGCAGGAUGAAGGCCCCCAAAUGACACAGGCUGAAAAGGAGCGUGAGGCGGAGAGAUUGUUUGUGCUCUUCGAAAGGGCCAAGGCCAAUGGAAUCCUCAGCGUGGAGAACCCUGUCACACGCGCCUUUCAUGAAGGAAGAUUCGAAGAACUCCCCGAUUCGGAUGACAGUGACUGAGCCUACGCUACCUGCUGCCUUGUU